GAAGAAAGAAAUCCUUCAGCAGACAGUUCAGGAACAAAUCAACUCUGAAAUCAGUAACCACCUGGAAGUCUUCAGGGAGAUGCAGAAAAACUCCCCUCUACUCCAGUGUGCCAACUACACACUCCUGGCUGGAGCCCUUCCCCAGGAAAAGAAGCUGCUGACAGUGGGCAUUUCCUCAAUGCAACGCCCCCAAGGGAGCUACCUCUUGGACACCCUGCAGUCCCUGUUCCAAGUUUCCUCAGAAGCUGAGCUGAAGUCUAUGAUGGUGCUGGUGCACCUGUCAGACCCUGACCCUGAGUGGCUCACCCAAACAGUGGCCAAUAUUUCAGGCCUCUUUGCACUACACAUUAAGGCCAAGAAGCUGCUUGUGGUCCACGGGCUUCUGGAUGACUCCUCAUUGAGGAACAUAAACCAAUCCUCACCCUGUGAAGAACUUUAUUUCAGGCAGAAAGUGGAUUAUGCCCUCCUCAUGAACUUUGCAAGCAACCUCUCUGAUUACUUCCUGUUGAUGGAUGAUAAUAUUUUUUGCACCCCUAAUUUUGUUUCUUCCAUCUCUCGGGCAUUAUCAGCCUGGAAAGAAUACCCUUGGGUGGUCCUGGAAUUCUCCAGCCUGACAUUCUCUGGGAAAGUUUUCCACUCCAGUGACCUCUCCCACCUGGCCUCUUUCUUCCUCCUCUUCCUCAAGGACACUCCCACUCACUUGCUUCUGUCAAAUUUUGGUUUCCUCUUGGGCCAGACAGCUCCAAUUAGCCUUACUCCCAAACUCUUCCACUCUUGGGACAAUGGUUUUAUUUCUGAGGAUACUUGUUACAAAGAGAAAGAAGAGAAAAAGAAGAUUGGUAAGCCCAACAAUCCUCCUGCCCGUAUCUACACUGACAUGUUCUUCCGAGACUUUUUUCUCCCAGAAUAUGCCUACUCUCUGGACCUUAAGUACUUCAAGACUCAACAUGUCUUCACAGGCCAGACCUUUACUGUGGUUUUUAAACAGUCUUACAAGGUGAUCCAGAUAGAAGUCAUUACAGGGAUUGGUAUAUGGGGGAUAUGUCGCUUGGAACAUGGGCAGGUAGAAUUGGGUUACCUUCCUAUAGGGAAAGGACAUAUCUGUAACCGCUAUGUCCUGCUAGGACCAUUGGUGAAAGGCCAGCUCAAUCAGGAGGUAUAUUAUGACAAAGACUUUGUGGAGGAAGUAAGAUGUGUGCGACUGCUAGUGACAGCACCCCAGCAAUCUAAUUUAUGUAUUGUAGGGAUUCAUAUCUGGAUUCAUGUCUGACAAAGUAGAAAUAAAAUGGCCAGUGUGGAUUCUGAAAGGAUCAGAUUUGGGAAUGGAUCUAUGUCAAGGAAUUAAAGGUUUUAAAUUCAUUAGGAACAUCACAUUCAUAGUUAUUUCAGGCUACUUAAUAUAGAUGACACAGAUUUAUAAGAGGUAGAAAGAAGACUGGUUCUUCCUGGCCCCGAAGAGCCAGAGAGAUGGACGUAUUCACCAACAAUUUGCCCAAUUUUGAUUCCACACAGAUCUCUUAUUCUAAAAUUUCACCCUGAGAUAAGUACUACUUUGAGUAUUGGCAAUGGCCUGAUGUAACAUGAACAUAGAACUGAAAUCUGACUUCAUGCAAGAUCCAGUCCUCCAAAAUGUCAAACAUUGGGCCUUACUGUGAGUCCAAGAAUGAGCUUUUGGCUGCCCAUUGAAGUCCUUAGAAGUAGAUGCUAAUCUUUGUAUAUUUUCACGUCUACAUUCCUCUAGGACAAAGGCACAUAAUAUUUAUUGGUGCUUUUCAUAUGCCAAAAAAACACAAAUUACUGAACUGGUAGAUAUACUUUCUUUUCUGGGGGGGCACGUAACUGGGUGGGUAAGGGAUACUUAACCACUGAGCCACAUCCCCAGCCCUCCUCAGCCCUUUUUUUAUUUUGUGACAAGGUCUCACUAAAUUGCUGAGUCUGGCUUUGAACUCAUGAUCCUCCUGCCUCAGCCUCCCAAGCAUUGGGAUUGCAGGCAUGCAUUACACUCAGCACUCCGUAUACUUUCUUGACAAAAGUACACAAUUCAUUGGCUUUGGGAAUGAAACUACCUAUUUUGCAUUUAUAGUUUAGGAACUGAGACCAUUCCUUCAUUCAUUUCUUCAUAUAUUCAUUCAGAGGUGUUAAUUUUGUGAAUUCUUUCUGUUUGACCUAUUCAAGGCAAUAAAGAUUCUAAGGUGAACAAGACAUUGUUAAUGCUAGCAAGACACUAAUA